AUGGCGAUCAUUGGAGACGCGUUGCGUCAGGCGUUCAUGCCGAAGCAGGAGUACGAGAGCCUUAGGGAGGAAGAUAGAGCCUGGAUUAAGCUUCAGAGGCCGACACUAAUGUCGAUUGUGGCUUUAAUUUGCUUUGUCAUCUUCACUUGCACGAUCAUCAGCUUGAAAAUUGUGUUUCCUUCGAAUGUUCUGAAGAGGCCAUUUUGCAGCGACUGGAAGCUUCAGCCUUUGCCUGUCUAUGGCAAAGCUCGUGACUCCGAUCUCUUUCCCGGUGCUUUUUACUUGACGGAUCAGGAAACUGUGGAUUUCUACUGGAUGGUCGUCUUCGUCCCGUCGACUCUGAUCUUCCUUGUAUCAUCUGUUUAUCUUGUAGCAGGAAUUUUUGUGGCUUAUUCCGCUCCUCACCGCCAUGGGUUUCUACAAGUCGUUGAUAAUAACUACUGUGCUUCAAGAAAAGGUGGGGUUCGUUGCCUGUCAAUUCUUAAUGCUGUGUUUGCUAUCAUCUACGGCCUCCUGGCUAUAAUUCUCGGCUCAAGCCUCCUGACACUAGGAAGCAGCUGUUCUGUGCCGUUGUUUUGGUGCUACGAGAUUUCUUCUUGGGGUUUGGUGAUCUUGUAUGCUGGAACUGCUUUCUUCCUAAGAAGAAGCGCUGCUCUAACUCUUGGUGAAGGAGAGUUUGGGAACAGAAAUCAUCAGGGCUUGGAGAUGCUUGAAGCUAAUCCCUUGGAAUUCACACCAGAUGUUGAAAGACGAGUGAACGAGGGAUUUAAAGCAUGGAUGGGUCCAUCUUCGCUAUCAUCUGACGAAGAAGAAGAAGAAGACGAGUUUUACAAUGAAGUGCCCAAUGCAACUCAUACUGUUUCUAGCAGGCAAAGAUCUUGA